AUGGCUCCCGCUCCCCACAAACCCAACGCCAAGAGCAAGAAGCACAAUGCUCAAGCUUCGAGCAUCUCUCAGACUGAGCCCGAGAGCCCCACAGAGGUGAAUGACUCGGAGCCUGCUUACAUUAAGGAGCUUCAGAAGUAUGUGCUCAAUUGCAUCCUCUUCUCCUCAGAGCUGACAAAGAGUCUGCGCAAUGCGGUGAAGAAGCUGAACGCUACCGCCAAAAUCGAUGCUAUCCUGGCCGAGCACCCUGGAAAGUCCCUCGAUGACCUUGUGGAGGAGAAGACCAUCAACGCCGACCAGAAAGCUCAAGCGCUGAAGAAGCCUUCGCUCCAAGCUGCAGUUGCACAGAUCGAGGAGCAGCUUGGUCACUACAAGCAGUUUGCUGCCCAAUACGAAGAGAAGAUUGCGAACCAGAAGGCGGCUUUGGACGAGCAGAAGGCGGCUCUGGAUAAGAUCCACCAAGAGGAGUUGGCCGCGGUGCGCGCCAAUGCCCUGGCUGAUGCUACCGAGUCUACUUCACGCGUGCUGCGUGAGAACUUGCUUGAUGUAGCUAAGUUCCUAUGCGCGGCGGCCAAUUUGCGACGCGCUGGAGAUGAGACCCCCGAGGGCGUUGCCUUUGAGGCUGUCCUUUACCAGGUGUACGCCGGUAACCAAGAUGCGGUCACAUCGAUGGUCAAGCUCAUUGAAGGUGCGGAAGAGCCAAUUCAGGGUCUUGAAGGGGAAACCUUGGACUUUACCUACGGAAAUGUGAAGCAGGCAUCGGCCCGACACGCGCCCAGCGAGUCACCCGAACAACACACUACCGCUAGCGAAAACCCCCCUACCUCAGACCCGACAAUGGCCAAUGCUGGUUUGACUGAGCUCCAGGAUACUUCCGUGAGCGCCGAGGUGGCUGCCCAAGAGACCGUGACUUCUAAGCCCGACCAGAUCGCUCCCCCAACCCAGACAUCGACUACUGGCGGAGCUAAUCCGGCUGCCGACUCGGCGUCCCUGACAGCCGCAUCUGCUGGCAUGAAUGAUAGCUGGGUUGAGGUUCCCCGUGACCCUGCAGAGACCGAGACUGGGCUCCAAGCUACCCCUGCCAACACCGAGACGAAUACUGCUACUGACACCGGUGCCAAGGGCAACUCCGGCCGAGGCCGUGGCCGUCAUGGACGCGGUCGUGGGGAUGGAUCCCGCCGAGGCCGUGGCGGAGGCGAACACCGUGGUGGUGACCGGCCUCGCGGUCGACGUGGUGGAAAACGCGGCGGUGCCAACGGGGCACCCGCAGAGGGUCAGUGA